GCUGAGCUGGUGCCUAGAGCUGGCCCUGGAUCUGACCCUACUUUAGUUCAGGCCUCAGGCCUCAUACAGGGCCUCUUAUACCAGGCCUCAUGUCUCAGGCUUUCCCUUUCUACCACAGAAAUGUGGUGUCUAGUCUGAUUUUUGAGAAGUCUCCUGAUGCUUUGGACCAUUCAAUUAUUGGCUUUUUGUUUUCAUGUUUUUAUUUCAAUGCAAAUAAACCCGCAUUGUUUUGUGCUGACGUGACAUUCAUCCCCUCAGCUGACAGAUGUUUUGUCGAUGCAGCAAUAACUGACAUGUUUGAGAUGUACCUACUAACUUGGGAAAAUGUGGUCACAACUAACAUUGAUUCUGCUUCCUACAUGACUAAGUUUGCACGAGAGAUUAAAUUCAAAUCAGAAACCAGAGCUGCUAUAUAUUACCUGUCCUUCUCAUGUGAUUAACAUUGUGCUGUCAGUAAUACUGCUACAGAAGAAAUUAAAGACAUGAAAUCUUGCAUCGCUGGAUUCAGAGCCAUUUUUAAGCAUUUGCAUUUUUAAGGCAAAAUGAGUGCAGAGCUGACUGCCAGUUACCAUAAUCUGCAGGGGAAACGUAUGGCGAAAAAACCCAGCUGUUUCCAGAAUCCUUCUGACCUCGGAACAUGAGAAAACCCUCAAAAAUAUUCAAAACCUUCAGCACAAUGCUCAGCAAGAAAUGAGAGACAACCAUGGCCAGUAAUCUGAACCCUGAAGUGUUUUAUGCCAAAGAUUCUUUUUGGAAUGUAAUCCAAGUGUUGCACCCCUUCUUCCAGGUGAAUUUGGCAGUAGAUUACUAGUGUUAUGCCAGUGUUUCAACUCUUUGCCACUAAAGAUGAAAUUUCAGAUCUGAAAGGGGAAUUUACUAUUUACAUGAACAUGCCUACUCCUGACAAUGUGAAACUGGAUGAGCUGGUUUUUUGGAAUAGUCAGCAAGACACAUUUCCCAACUUCAGCAAAGUGGCACAGCGAGCUUUGACUGUACCUCCUGGAUCUAUUUCAAAGUUGGACUACCUCCAGGACUCCAAGAGGGUCAACAUGAGUGAAGAUACUUUGAAGAAAAUUAUGUGGGUGUAUGCAAACCAGGAUUUCUGGAAAAACUAACAGCUCUGCGAGAGACAAAAAAUAUCUUUGUACAUAAAAAAAGUCUUAGUUAUACUGUAGUAAAAUGUUUAUUAUUAAUUUUUUCCUCUGAUUUUCCCAUUUUUUUAACCUGAUUUCAUCCCGGUUUUAAUGUUUGGAAAAUAACCACUGAAAAAUUCCCAGAAUUUAUUUAUUUUUACAAAUAAAAACUGAAAAUGUGGAACAUUACUGAUACAGCAAAGUGUAUGCUUAACUUUCAGUAUACACUUUACUCAUCAUGGAAGUGAGUGAGACUUAAGCAUCUGUUCAAAAUAAAACAGGUGUUUAAGUGCUAUGCUGAAUAGGAAUGAACUUAAGCGCUUUGUUGCAUUGGGUCCUAAAUGUACACUGUUCUCCAGCACUGUGUACACUCCCUAAUCACAGAGGUUUCAGUUUUAAUGGUGGCAUUUUAAGCUUGAUGGAACUUUGUAGGUUUUUAGUUCAGAUGUGCUUGCUUGCAAAUGCAAUGUGUCAGAGUAAAGUCCACUAGUCCAAGAACACACAAUGAAAUCAUGAAGAUGCACUUUUGCUGGCUUUCUGAUUUUGAGAUAGGGCCAAGCUGUUCACCUGGACUUCAGCAGCAGGCAAAGUACAGUUCCAAAGAAUUAGCUCACUGAUUGGUGCUCAGCUAUUUCUUUCUCAGGCUUCACUUGAAACGAGAGGUAAGCUGUCUGCCUGGUGCUCUUUUCUUUAGUUGUUUUCUGAAUAGUUUAUAAUGCAGAGUUUUCUUUUAGAUUUGACUAGGGUGAGUAACAGUUACUAAUGUAGGAGUUAGAUAACCCAGGGAGGAGGGGAAAAUGUGACUAUGAAAGUCUUUAUUUAACGUAUUGAAUUCUGACUGCAAGAAACACCUUGUGGUUUUAUUUAGGGAAAGCCUGGUUGAAGGGGAGCCCUUUUUGCUUUGUUUAUUCAAACCCCAAAUCCACAGGUUGCUUUUCUUCACCUGACCUCAGCCUACCUGACAUGUCCCUUGAAGCCACAGGUGGGAUUUUAUACAAAUUAUAGUCCAAAUGUGCUUAAGUGAGCUCUGGUGCCUGAAAAUAUUCUCAGCAGUUAGUACACCAUGCUAUCUAAUACUGCUUCAUGCAUAGACAGCAAGUGGAGCUGGUGUAUUGCAUGUGCUAGCUCUUCCUUCUGUCCCCUAGUACCAGUACAGAUCAGGUUCAGGGAAUACCGAGCAUCAGAUCUGAUAAAUAUGAGACGUGCUUUUUAAAUUUAAACUUUGUCAUUACAUUAUUUUCUAUCUGUUUUUAUCACAUGCAAAAUUGUGUUAUGUCACAUUGACUGAUAUGGUGUAAAAGAACAAGAUGAGCUGUAUUCUAAGUGAUAGGAUACAGUACUACACAUCAUAAAAAUGAUCUGCCAGAAAUGCAAUGGGACACAUUGAGAAAGCAGGGAGUGUGAGAGGUGAAAAGCCUGUUUUGGCACAGACUGGCUCUGUUGAAAGCAGGUGUUUCUGUUUUGCCUUCAAGAUAUUUUUUCUGCAAGUAAAAAAUCAUUUAAUUUUAAAUGUCAGUCUGUGUUAUGUUUUUAGUGUGUAUCUCUGCAGAGGGAUUGACUCAGAAGAAAGAUGAAUUUGAAAAGUUCAGUGGGAUUUAUUCUGCUGUUACUCUUUAAAUGUGCGGUGUGGACAGGUGCUGAAGAAGCUGUGGUGCUUGCUAAUGCCCACCUUCUUCCUCCAGGAGGCUACCAGAGAUUGAGUAACAACAAUGAGAAAGAACAUGCAAGAGAUUGUUUUGAGAUUUUUCAGCACUCUAAAGGAAGCACCAAGGAUGGUCUUUAUGUCAUUCAGCCAAUGAAAGAUCCUAUUGUUGCUUACUGUAAUAUGCAGGAUGGUGGGUGGACGGUAAUUCAACAUAUUACAGCCAAUAGCACUGUGGACUUCGAUAGGAUAUGGCAUGACUACAAGUAUGGAUUUGGGUCAGUUCAUGACAACUACUGGUUAGGGAAUGAAUAUGUGUAUCAGUUAACUAACACCUCAAGGCCAUAUACACUUAGGGUCAAACUCGUAGACUUAAAUGCCGAAAUCAAAUGGGGAGAGUAUGAACCGUUCAAAAUUGAAGAUGAAGAGUCUCAAUACAGGAUCAGGCUUGGCCUAUACAAAGGCAAUGCUGCUGAUGCCCUGACCCAGGACACAGAAGCUUAUCUCCAUGAUAAUCAGAAGUUCACUACAAAAGACAGAGAUAAUGAUAACUAUUUUCAGAAUUGUGCCAAACUAGAGUACAAUGGCAUUCCAGGUGGAGGGUGGUGGUAUGAUUCUUGUGCCGGAGCAAAUCUAAACCGCAGGAAUGUUAUAUACUGGCAAAAAGACUGCAAUAAGGAACAUUUAUGCAAGUUUGCCUGGAUGAUGAUUAAGCCCACUGACCAUGGCCAGUGUCCUAACAAGGCUUGUCAUUGUGAAAAAGAUGAAUUGUAGAUAAUAUUAUUACAUUAU